CAGUAUAUAAAUUGCUGUCGGAUCGUCAAUAUUUGUCCAGUUUCGUGUGAGGAAUAAGCAACAAGAAAGCAAAUUAUGAAGGCCUUAUUCCCGUUUGUGUUUCUAUCAGCACUAGUACUAAUAUGUGAGAUAGGAGCGGCAGUUGAGUUCACUUGCCAUUACGGCUAUCGACUUGAUCAUGGCUAUCCUUGUCAAAUAACGAAAGGUCUUAUUGAGAGUGAUAAUGACUUACCAGCAUCCUUUGUUGGUGCCCAUCAGAAUGGAAAAAGUGAUGACGAUUUAAAAUUGAUUUCAUUCAGUGGAAAUCGACAUUUACGUCUCGAUUAUUUCCCCCGGGGUACAUUUGAGACGUUUCCUCAACUCAUCGAUUUUAGUUUACAAAACUGUCAAUUGAGUAAUUUAAGAAAUGGCGAUUUUAAGAGUGCCGAAAAUUUAAAGAACUUAAACCUAGACUUAAACAAGCUGAAACAACUGAAUGCCUCAACAUUCACUGGAGCGGAUAAAUUGAAUUGGCUAAGCAUGAGUGGAAAUGAGAUUGAGAAAAUUGAUAAAGAUGCAUUCAGUGGACUGUCUAAACUACAAAUGCUUAUUUUGUCACAAAAUAAAUUACAUCAAUUGCCACAAUCGGUAUUUGUCAAGCUGGUUGAUUUGCAGGAAAUUUUACUAAACUCAAAUGCAUUCGAGACAUUGUCGACGGGAUUAUUUGAACGUAAUGCCAAAAUGAAGCGUAUUUGGUUGCAAAAUAAUCGAUUAAAUGUAAUUGAACCGCAACUGUUCGAAGGAUUGACAAAUUUAGCAUUGGUGAAUUUGAAAGAUAACGCAUGCAUUGAUGAAGAAUAUCGUCAACGUUAUCGUGAAACGGAAAAUUUACAAGCGGAUUUGUUAGCUAAGUGUGCUCCGGGGAAGAGUGGUGUUGUGUAAAAAAUGAAAUGAAAGGAAUUGAAGCUCGAGUACAUAAAAAAAAGUUUUUUUUUUAUGCCACUUGACAUAUGAAUGCGAUGCAGUUACUGUCAAUGUUGAUAUGUACAUAUUUGAUGUGUGCUUCAAUAAACUCAAUAAAUGUAAAUUGAUUUGACGCAGAUUUUUUUUGUCACUAAAA